AUGUUUACCGGUUGGAAUGAAUUGGAAUGGGUGAGGCAUCUGAUAGAUGAGCUCAGUAACAGUAGCAUAGGGUGUCAUGUAGACGGAAUAAACAUUAAUAAUAUUAGUUAUGCCGAUGACAUGGUGCUACUGAGCCCAUCGGUCAGUGCCUUGAGACGAUUAUUGUCUAUAUGUGAAGUGUAUGCUGAGGCUCAAGGACUCAAGUAUGCCAGAAAGAGCGAAAUCAUGGUUUUUAAAGCGGGUGCAAAAGGCUAUAAAACCAUGCCUGAGGUAUCGCUCUGCGGAUCACCGCUACUUAGGGUUACCAGCUUUAAGUACUUGGGUCAUUGGGUAAACGAGAACUUAGGAGAUAAUAAGGAUAUAGGCAGAGAGCGGAGGUCGCUGUCGGUUCGCUGCAACAUGCUGGCUCGCAGAUUUGCACGUUGUACAGAAGAUGUCAAAAUAACUCUUUUUAAAGUCUUCUGCCAAUCGUUUUAUACAUGCAGUCUGUGA